CCUUGCCCCAUGUGUGCCCACUCGACCACUUCAAUCAGCAGAAUUGACACUGCUACAGAUGCUUCAUCUAUAAAAACUUGAUUGUAGAGUGUGGCAGCGCCUACACUGCGGAAUUCCCUGCCUAUUGAAAUCAAGCAGGCACCUGCUAAAAAACAUUGAUUCAACGAGCCUACCCAGAUGUUUAGAAAGUUGAGGUGAUUUUAACCUGUUAUAAUAUUUUAAUUUUUGUGUGUUUAAAAGUAGGGUUGUAUCCCCCCCCCUUGAUUUUAUUGAUUUAUCUUUUUCUUAACCACUUUGAUUGCGAAAGAAAAAUAAAAUAAAAACAUCAAUCAAUCAAUCAAUCAAUAAAAUAACAUUACUUCUGGGAAUUCUGCCUGGAAGCUGACAGAUUACACAUUAUCAUGCAUUUGACACUGAGACUGGCCCUACCAUUGGGCAAAGUGAGGCAACUGGCUCAUGCAGAGCACAUACUGGGUGGCAGCAGUAGCAGCAGCUCCCCUGGCUUCGUCUCCUGAGUUCCCAAGCCAUUCCCUGACUUCUGGAAGUCACGUGUGUGUGUCACAUACCUCUCCUGGAACUCCCUAUUACCAGGGCAGAGGUAAGAUUGCACUGCUAGUCCAGUCAGUUUACGUAGGUGGAAUGGGGAGGAGGCGCCAUCUUGUCUUCUGCCUCAGGCAGCAAAAUGUCUUGAGCCGGUCCUGUUUGGCAGCUUUUGUCCUUUCGCUUGACCUGAAACACACAAUCUUCAUAGCAUCUGAGCAUGCAACAUUCUAAUACACCAAACUAGCCUUCCCAUUCCUCCCUACUGCCCCCUCAAAUAGUUUUAAUAGUCUCAGUACAUGCCCGUCCUACAUACACCCUGCUCAGCUUAUCUAGGGGAAACUGAAACAAUAUCUGCCGUCCUAAAUACACAGCUUGUGUUUCUCUUUGCCACCUUUGCUGUUUCCACUGGCUACAUCUGUCUUCUUUUUUACUCUGACCCCCUUCCUUCCUUUCUCUCCCACUCCCACCCAAAUCUUUUCUCCUCCAACUCAUCUUGUCUUCCUUUCCUCUCCCUGUGGCCUAUGUGGUAUAGCCUGCAAUUUGAGUUUCCAGCUGUUUAACUGGCUCUCCUCCUGUGCCUUUAACAGCAGUCCGUCAGGUAGACAUAUAACAGGUGAAGCUGUUCUCCUCACUUUCUACUAUUGUUACCAUACCCUCCAAUAUUUCUCUGAUGAAACUAGGAAUGUCCUAUUCAACAACAAAAACAAAAACUAAUUAAUUUUAUUUUUUAUACCCCACCCAUCUGACUGCUUUGCCACUCAGGGCGACUUCCAACAUAUAUAAGAAACAUAAUAAGGCAUUAUACACUUUUUUAAAACUUCCCUAAUAUAGGGCUGCCUUCAGAUGGCUCAGGGGUCAGAUAACUCCAUACCCUCCAACAAUUCUCCGAUGAAAAUAUGGACAUCCUAAAGAAAAGCGGGACAUUAUGGAAUUAAAUAAAAAACUGGAAUGACUUCUAUAAAAGUGCUACAUCUCUGGAAAACAGGGACACUUGGAGGGUCUGUAUUAUUAUUAUUAUUAUUAUUAUUAUUAUUAUUAUUAUUAUUUGCCCUAUACCCGCAGGUCUCAGGGCGGUUCACAGCAUAAAAUCACAAUAUAAAAACACAAAAUACAUAUUUUCACCUGCUCGAUUUGUGGGUGCCAGGCGGCAGCUAAAAGGCACAGAAGCAGGGGCAUUAAAAAGAAAAAGGUAACCCUUUUCCAAUAAUCUGUUUUGGCAAAUUUCAUGAUUCCCCUCCCUGUUCCAAACAGCUUAUUUAUUUCUUUAUUACAUUCACAUCACACGGUUGUCUUCAAGGAGUUUAAGGUGCAAUACAUGGUUCUCCCUAUACCCAUUCAAUUCUGACAACAACCCUGUGAGGGAAGAAUGGAGCCACGGCAGGGCGAGAUGCUGAUGAAGGACAACCAGGAAUGGUGGCCAGAGAGAAGGAAAGAGGAGCAGCCCAAGGCAGCAGAUGUGAAUGGUGGAGGACCUCUGCAGGGAGCGUCUCCUUUAAGCCCUGGGGUGGCGCCGGAAAAGGGGAACGGUUGCCAGGAUGAAGGUGAGAGGAGGCUAGGACAAGGGGUCGCCCCAAGCCAAGAGGGUGCAGGUGCCAAGCAACAGCUGCCAAAUGGCUCCAGAAGAGAAGGCCCUUCGGAAGAGGAGAUUUCAGAAGAUCAAAGCCUAAGGGCCCCCCAAGGCGAUUCAGGCCUAGGCAAAGGAAACAAGAUGGGCGUAUUAAAAAGAUCAGCCAAGGAGGAACUGGAGCCAACCGGAGGGAGGAGGUCUGAGGAAUCCAUGAUGCGGGAGCUCUCUGAGAUGGUGCAGGAUGUGGUGAAGAGCAGCAGCUGGUGGGAGAGGCAUGGCAUCGAUGGCACAAUCAUCGCUUUGAACCUUCUCUCCCUGCCAGUAGGGUUCCUGCUUCUGCGUUCUGACAAUCUGUUCCCUUUCCUGUUGGGCAUUGCCAUCUUGGGUGUGGUACAUCAAACCCUCACUGUGAAGGGGAGCCACCUGGCCACCCACAAUGCUCUGGCAGAGUCCAAGUCCUGGGGAAAAAUAUGGGCCGUAUUCUUCCUUGAGGUUUGCUCUGCUUUCACGGCAGAACAGGGGUCCUACAACCAUGUGAAAAUGCACCACGCUUACACAAAUGUCAUCGGCCUGGGAGACUCUAGCACAUGGAAGCUUCCCUUCCUGAACCGCUAUGUUUACAUGUUCAUUGCACCCAUCGCAGUGCCCAUCCUCACCCCUUUGGUAGCCAUUGGCUUGCUCAAAGAAGUUGAACUGAAGACGGCCAUCCGGACGCUCUGUUGCAUGUUUGUUGGUCUGUACUCCCAUUACUGGCUGCUGAUCAACAUCUCAGGUUUCCAGUCCAUGUGGUCCACUCUCAGUUGCAUGCUGGUCACACGAGCUCUCCUUUCUCACCCUUACAUCCAUGUUAAUAUCUUCCAGCAUAUUGGCCUGCCAAUGUUCGCAGCUGACAAAAAGCCCAAACGGAUUCACAUGAUGAGCUGCGGUGUUCUGAACCUGCCUCGAAAUCCCCUGCUGGACUGGUCCUUUGGGCACUCGAUCAUCAGCUGCCACGUGGAGCAUCAUCUCUUCCCAGCACUUUCUGAUAACAUGUGCCUGAAGAUCAAGCCAAUUGUUUCCCGGUACUUUAAAGAGAAGAAGUUGACAUACAAUGAGGAUUCUUAUUGGUCCCGCCUGAAGUUGUUCCUGGCCAAAUAUGAAGAACUGAUGGUCCACGCGCCACCUAUUUCUGAACUUGUUGGGAUUCAGUGACAACUCUUCUAGGACACAUAGCUGUUAUAAACCUAAGGCAAGACUUCUCUUUCCCAGGAUCAAGAAAUUUAGAAUUCAGAUUAGGAACUGGAUCAAGCUAUCAAGGGGAACACCAGCAUGUCUUUAAUAUCUUCCAUAUGGACAAGUAGAUGACCUUUUGGAUAAGAAACUGCAUCUGCUCAGUGAUGAGUCAAAGGGGAGAUCAGUUGCUCCUAUACAAGAGAUAUUUUUAAUACUUUGACUCCCCUCCCCGCUCUCUUUUAAUUUUGCACACCGACAACUUUGAUGCAUCCUUCCCAUGAAUUAUAGAGUAGGGAUGGUGAACCUGCAGACCCUCCAGUCAAGACAUUGCUAUAUUAGAGUUUCCAUCAUCCCUGACCAUGUUUGCUGGGGCUGAUAAGAGUUAUGUUUCAGCAACAAAUGGAGAGCCACAGGUUUGCCACUCCUGCUGUAAGGGCUGAUUCAUGCGUUAUUUCCCCCGCUGCCCCUUAAACAGAUGUAACGUUCAUGCCAGGAAACACUUGCACACAGCAAGAUGGUUAAGUGGUGUUCCCCCGCACGACUUUGGUGUAUGGCUCAGAUCAGACUGAUGCUGAUUUAUGAAUCCACAAUAGAGGAAAUUUCAUACUGCUUUCCAUUCAUUACAGCAGACAUGAAAUGUGUGGAGGUUCUGUCUGCAAGGGGGAAAGUAAUACAUGAAAGAUCAAGUUGACUCCUGUCCCAGUGCAGACAGGAUAACUCAGGGACUUUGUUAAACUUUGUUAAACUUAGCUAAAUCACUUAAGUCAAGCCUCCAAUCUAGGACAAUUGAAAAGGUGAUACUUCUCUAUGGAAUGAUUGAUGGGCCUUGAAGGCAAAUUUCCAGAACUGCCAAAAUGGAAGUUACCUCUGCAAAUGAUGACAGCCCAUAAGCCAGGGCAACACAACCACCUUGGGUGGUAGACUUCUUAACAAGAAUGAUGUUGGGGGGGAAGCCUAUAUUAAAGACUGCUGCUGUGGAAAUUAUUAUGCAAUGCGGGGGGGGGGAGGUAGGAAGAAAAUGAAUUCUUAUAUUACCUCCCCCUCCCCCUAAAAUUUCCUGUGAUGGAGAACUUGCGUUCUUGAGAUAAAACUGGUAAUGCAAUUUUA